GGUCUGGAGGUAUCGCGCGGUUCGAACGUGAACUAUCUGGGUGUUCGGUGGGUUUAUCUUCCGAUUGUUCUAAGAAGUUGUAUGUGACGAUGCCCGCGAGCAACGUGAACUUUGAAUGCCGCGAACUACGUAUGACUCGGUAGAUUCUGUGAAAAAUCGUCCAGAAUAUGGUGAUUCAGACUCGGUUGGUGACAUCGUGCUCUAAGGAAAUAUAAUCAGAGAAAGAAAAAUUACCGCCGUUAGAAGCAGGCGGUAGAGUGCACACAGUGUAAUUUAUGAAUCCGACUGACACACUCACUCUCGGGUGAAUAAAUAAAAUCAAUCUUGAAACAGUGGAACCUGACGGGCACAGCAUCAGCAAUGACGUGCUUUGCCAAGUUUUUCUCCAGAAAACACGGGUCAUUCGAUCUGCCAGACGUCGCUAGCGAGAAGGACGGUAUUGUGUCCGUUCGUCUGAGCACCCGAAUCUACGACCAGGAAUUCAAUCCGCCCACCUAUUCAGGGUCAACAUAUAGCGAGGGAAAAUCAUCUCCGAAGGGUACUGAACGUGAGUCCGGCUUAGGGAGCUUAGAUGAACGGUUAAAUGUAGUUCCAGGGACACCAUGGGAAUCGGGAUUCAUCUCUGCUCCACCACAUCAGCAGCAGCGGAAAACGCCUGUACUGACAAGCAAUGAUCGAAUCAGUGCUAGUUCUCAAGAAAACGACAGGAAUCACCAUGGCCACGAAACGCUCAAGGAAACACAACAGAGAAAAAUACUGCUUCAGCUGGCCUUAGAAUCGAAGCUCCGCGAACAUCCCAACGCUGAAGAUAGAAAACACCUCGCGUUACUUGAAAGAGAAAUAAAAGAGCUUCAGAAUGGAAUCAGGAAGCAGGAGUCGGCAGUGUCUGAUAAUAAGUCCGUUCCUGUGGAAAACGACGAUUUGGAAGUUAUCCCUCCCCCAAAAACUAUAUCCAGUAGCUAUAGAUCGAAUCUCCAACCUCCGAAACCCGCUGUUCGGGCACUGGCUACCAAGGUACCAAAACAAGUUUCUGAGACCUCGGAGCUAUCCGACGAUUAUGAUACAAUUCCGCUUUCAAAGCUCACUGAAGAAUGCAUUUCCGAAGUAUUCAGUUCGGACGAGGAUGAGCCGCGGCCGCCAACGCUACCACCGCGUGUGAGUGCGAGUAUACAGAAUUACAAUGACGAACAGGAUGAUACCUCUCAGGACGAAGAACCAACGCCACCAAAACUUCCUCCGCCAAGAACCCCUCCCGAAUUGGAUGAUAUGAUUACGAGAGCCGAUCAUAUCCAGAUAACAACUGUUGAAAGCGAAUGCAUAAAGACCAUUUUUUUGCCAACGGUUCCACCUCCUUCCAGGGAGCCUCCACCUACUCCGAUAGAACAAAGUUCAUCCGAGGAAACAUCGCAACGCGAAUCCCAAGCCUCCAUCAUGCCACCCAAAAUCGAAGAACUGAACAAUAGUCGAUCGGGUAUUCUCAAGAAAGUGCGCAAAGAGGGUGUGGUUUCGGACAAACCGGAAGCGAGAAGCUAUCGGGACAUAGUGAUCCAAAGCCACGCGAAGGCACGUGAUGAAGAGGUGUUGAUUAAAAAAGCCAUCACCGCUAACGAGUUCCUGAAUAAUUUGAUGGACGAGGAACGGCUGAAGGCCGUCACGGAUUCGAUGAGCCCGAUGAGCUUUCCGCCCAGCAGCUAUAUCAUCCGGGAGGGUGACAUUGGGGCACACUUCUAUGUUUCCUCCGAGGGAACGUAUGAGGUUGUGGUGGACAACAAAGUUAUCAAGUCCUUCGGCAGGGGAGUGGUUUUCGGGGAGCUCGCUAUUUUGUACAAAGCCAAACGCUUUGCCUCCAUUCGAGUGACCACCGAGGCGAAAGUUUGGAUGCUCGAGCGGAAAGUUUUCCAGAAGAUUAUGAUGAAAAGUGGUCGGAAGGAGAGGGAGGAGAAUGUUAAGUUCUUAAGCACGGUAUCGAUUCUGAAGGAUUUGGAGAUUGAGAAGCUGCACAAAAUCUCAGACUUACUGAAGAGGGAAUUCUAUGCUACGGGCUCAACAAUUAUUCAACAGGGUGAUCCCGGUGAUAAAUUCUAUAUAAUUAGGGGUGGUAGUGUGAACGUUAUCAAAACUGACCGCAAUGGGGUGGAUAAGCUAGUGGGGACACUCCAACGCGGUGCAUAUUUCGGAGAGCAGGCGUUGCUCCAUGAAGACCGCCGCUUGGCUAGUAUCGUUGCGAAUCCACCAGGAACAGAGUGCUUAACGUUGAAUCGGAUAGCAUUCAACGAAUUUCUCGGGGGGUUGGAAAGACUGCGGGAAAUAAAAUUAUCUGAUGAAAUUCCACGUAUUUCCGAUAGCAAAAAAGCGGUAUCUGAGUAUGACCACAUCCAGUUGCAUGAUUUGACCUACAUCGGAACCCUCGGGAUUGGUGGCUUUGGCCGCGUCGAACUAGUGCAGUACCAGAGCAGGAAGACUUUCGCCCUCAAGUAUCUCAAGAAGAUCGAGAUGGUUCGGCAGCAGCAGCAGGAGCAUGCCUACAGUGAGAAGGACAUUAUGCUGAGCUGCAAUAGUCCGUUUAUUGUCAGAUUGUAUAAGACGUACCGCGACAAGAAGUAUCUCUACUUCCUGAUGGAGGCCUGCCUCGGGGGAGACGUGUGGACCAUUUUGCAGAAAAAUAAACACUUUGACGAGCGGACGGCACGUUUCAUGACGGGCUGUGUGGUGGAGGCAUUUGAGUACCUGCACAGCAGGAAUAUGAUCUAUCGGGACCUCAAGCCGGAAAAUCUCAUGCUGGAUGAGCGAGGUUACAUUAAGCUGGUCGAUUUCGGCUUCGCUAAACGAAUCGGAGCCAACCAGAAGACGUGGACAUUCGCCGGAACUCCGGAAUACGUUUCUCCGGAAAUUAUCCUGAACAAGGGCCACGACCGGGCGGUGGAUUACUGGGCACUGGGUGUAUUCAUUCACGAGCUGCUGGUAGGUAAGCCCCCCUUCCGGGGCAAAAAUCACAUGAAAACAUACAACGCGAUACUGCGGGGAAUCGAUAUUAUCGAGCUGCCUUCGAGAAUCCCGAAAAAGGCACAGGUGCUCAUUAAGCGGCUCUGCCGACAGAUACCCGCGGAGCGGCUUGGCUAUGGGAAAAAUGGCAUCGCUGAUAUUAAAAAUCAUCCUUGGUUCUCGGCUUUCGAGUGGCACCGGCUUAAAGAUCGCACACUGCAGGCCCCACUGGUUCGGAUCAUCCAGUCCAAUACCGAUUUGUCAAAUUUCGACGAGUAUCCGAAGGAUCAGGACGAGCCACCAGAUGAGACUUCCGGAUGGGAUAUUAAUUUUUAAGUCCACUUAAACCGAUAUAUCGGCUGAUUAAAAUAAUAAAUAACAUUGUCCGAAUGUUUUUUAAUCCCGAACUCAUGGUUUACGUGUUCCCAUUUUUUCCUCUACUGUGUGGGGAUUAUUACUGUUAACGAGAUGCGCGUUAAACCAUCAAUUAAAUUCGUAAUUAAACUGACACGGGCGAUAAGUAUCGUUGGAAUAUUUUCUAAGAUAAAUGCCUUGUGAAGAAUAAAGCUAUGAAGUUUGGUAUAUGUUCGUUUUGAAAAUCUCUUCAACAAAUUACAAAUAUGACCUCUCGAUAUUCGGCAAUUAUUCAGUACAUCCUGCACCUCUCCUUUCUGCAUCUUGUUUCAUAAUUUUCAUGAAUUGUAUUGAACAUAUCAUACUCCAUCAACAAUUAUCAUGUUUUUGACUUCUUGAUAAUGUCCUUCAUAGGAGGAUUGUAUGAGGCUUCUAAUCAUCAGUCUUUUUCUACGACCUAAAAACCUAAAAACCAAAAUAUUUUCUUUAAGGUGAUUAAUGUUAUUCAUGUUCUGUUUUAAAUAAGUUUACAAUGGCAUAUUAGGUGUGUGUAUGUGUUAGUAAUAUGUAUCUCUCAUAGUAUAAGCGCUAUCGGGUAACGCUAGGUAGCCUUAGGAAGAUAAGACUAAUACGCCCUCAUAUACAGG